UUCAAUGGGAAAGUUCGCUUCAGUUUAUGAACGCUUCAGUUUAUGAACAGACUUCCGGAACCAAUUACACCCAUGCUUCAGGUUAAGUAUGCUUCAGGUUGAGUACUCUGUGGACCCGCCUGGAACGGAUUAAUCCACUUUCCAUUACUUUCAAUGGGAAAGUUUGCUUCAGUAUAUGAACGCUUCAGUUUGUGAACAGACUUCCGGAACCAAUUGUGUUCAUAAACCGAGGUACCACUGUACUUGAUUGCUGACAAGAACAUGACACUAUAAGCAUGUAGCUCCUCUUAAGAAAUCUGCGCUGGUUGCCUAUUUGCCACUGGGGCAAGUUCAAGGUAUUAGUAUAUAAACAUGGAACCACUAGUGAGGUUGCCUCACACAGUAUAACCCUAUUUGACCACUUUGAUCUGUAGAACUGGCAUUGUUGGCAGCUGCCACGUAAAACUCCUAAAAACAUUUUUUGUUUAGCCAUGCCUAUCCAGACACAAAGAUGAUCACACGUUUUAACCUUUUUAGCUACUGUUGAUUUUAAUCUUGAAUAUUUAUAAUAUUUAGCAACAAUUUUUAAUGUUUAGUUUUACAUUGUUGUAAACCAUCUAGAGGGUGGUUUGUUGGUUUGUUUACUAUCAAACGGUAUAUAAAUUAUGUUAAAUAAAAUGAAUAAAGAAAAAACACAGCAAUCUGCCAUAUACCAUAUCUCACUAUUGAGUAAUUCUAACACACAAUAUUGUCUGCAGUGACUGGCAGCAGCUCCACAGGAUUUUGGGAUGGAACUUUUCACAGCCCUACUUGGAUAUUCCAGGGAUUGAACUUGGAAGUAUUUGCUGUGCUUCCCCCACCCCCCCACCUCAGCAACAGCACCUCGUUUUAUUAGCUCACUUUAUUUGCAUUCCCACUGUGCUUCUAAUGGAAGAAAAACCAGUCUUGCCAACUGAUUCAAAAAUAUUCUGCACAAACUUCUAUAAUUCCACCCCCGCCCAAUAAUUCAGCUUCUGCUUUUGCUUUUUACUUUUCACUUGCUUUAAUAAUUACUCUCACAUGCAAGAUAAUAAGAUACUGUGUCUAAUUAAGUUGCUAAUUUUAUCCAGUGUACAUAAUUCCAUAUUUGGAGUCUUCGCUGGAGAACUAUUAAACUUGUUUGAUGCUUGUCAACUGCGAAUGUGUGAGUGGUGUGUUUUGAUUUAAACUUAAUCUUCCACAAAUUGCAAAGGAUGAAUAAGUGGCAUGUAUGAAUGAAAUGUAUACUUCCUUAGAUCUUAGGGCAAUCCAUUGUUUAUUUUUCAGAAUGUGUUCUAUGCAGAAGCAAAAUGUUGAUGGCAGAAGGGAGGAAUGGUGAUUUUGCUACCAUAUUUCAUUGGGUAGCUAUGCUACAGUUAUUCAACUGAGAUGAAUGCCAUUAUGAGCAGCGAAAGUUCCAACAUCGAAACAAGGACUUCCAGCUCUCAUGCACACAGUACAGAUGCCUUCAGUGCCCUCGGCAGUGUCAAAGGAAGGACACUGUGGAUGAUAACCGACAGUGCUUCUGUGUCUACAGCCAGAACAAGAAACUCUGCAUAUAUUGAAAUGAUCAGGUCUGGAGAUACAGCUCAGAAGUCAUCUUCGGUGAUGCAGGCCAGAAGAGCUGAUGCCUCACCAAGUUCCUUGGAUAUUGCUCGAUUUGAAACAGGGACUUUGAGGAUACAUUCUCCCAGGACACCUGUUUCUUCACUUUCAGAGGAUAAUCACCCAAUUACUGGGAGCAGCCACCAUAUAGAUAGAAGGUGGGAUGCAGACAGCACAACAUCCAGUUUGCAUAUCAUAAGCAUGGGCAGUUCAACAACGGCCAACAGAGGCACAGAAAGGACUACACAGUUUCUUACAGACAGUGUCGCUCCGACUGAUUCAUCAAGAAAAGACCCAGUUUCUCAGAGGGAAGUCACGACCUUUCCUGAUCGAACCCAGUUCCCAUCUCAUGCGACACAUUCCAGAGGAAGAAGUAACACAUCAAAGGUCACACAUUUUCCUGAUUCUUCAGCAAGGAUUCAGCUUGCCCAGUAUUACUUGCCUCCAAAGACUACUGCAGAAGACAGUAGUCAGUCAAGGAGUAGCUCAAAUACAGAGAGAAGCAUUCCCAGUUCCCACACAGAUGGUGUGUCUGCUUCAGGUUUAAGUGACAGGGGUGGAGAGAGGACAUUACAGACUUUAAGAGAUGUCAGCAGUUCUCUUAAUGCAACGCAAAUAUCCCCAGCCACGAGCAAUGAAAUCUCCACCUCUUCAGGCCUCAUGGUUUCCUCACAUGUGUUAACUCCAGUACAGACUGGACAAAUGGAUUCAUCACCAGAGGACAAUGAUUUCACUGAAGCAGCACUUCCACAUUUCCAAGCUCCUUCAGAAACAACAGCUGCAGAAAACAGUGGUCAGCUAAGGAGCAGCUCAAAUACAGAGAGAAGUACUUCCAGUUCUCACACAGACGGUGCGUCUGCUUCAGGUCUAACUGAUAGGGGCAGAGAGAGGACAUCACGGACACUGAGGGACGUCAGCAGUUCUCUUAAUGCAACACAACUAUCCACAAUGGCUAGCAAUGAAAUAUCCACCUCUUCAGGCCUCACAAAUUCCUCUCACAUGUUAACUCCAGUACAGACUGGACAAAUGGAUUUGUCACCAGGGGACAAUGAUUUCACUGAAGUAACGCUUGCACAUUCCCAGGCUUCUUUGGGAAUAUCAGCUACUGAAGAUCUUGAUCACCAGCCAGCCAGCAGCUCAGAUACAGAGAGGAGUAUUUCUAGUUCUCAUACUGACAGUGCAUCUGUUUCAGUUCUCCCUGACAGAGGUGGAGAGAGGGCAGUACAAACUCUAAGAAACAACAGCAUUUCUCAGAGCACAACACAAAAGUCCACCGCCAGUAAUACUGAAAUCUCCAGCUCUUCAGCUCUCCCUAAUUCUUCUUACACGUUGACUCUGGGGCAGACCAGACGGAUGAAUUUGUCAACAGAGGACACUGAUUUUAUUGAAGCAGCAGUUACACAUUCCCAGUACCCUUCAGAAGCAACAGAUGUUAGGAUUAGCCAGCACACAUUCAACAACUUUGGUGCAGAGGAAAGGGUCUCUCAGACUGAGAGUAUGUUCUCUACUGCCACAUUCAUCAAAAGUGGAGAUGGGACAUUAGGAUCUCUAACUAUCAAGAGCAAAUCCACAGAUGCAACAGAGCUAUCAACCUUUGAUCUGGAAAAUGUCAGCUCUUUAGAUUUAACCCUGAACUCGUCAACCUCAGCCCAAAGUGGAAAGGAAAGUUUUCCAUCUACCCAGAUGGAUUUCAGUGAGUCCUCAAAAGAGCAUUUAUUUACAUAUUCCUCCAAAACAUCUGCCUAUUCAUCUUCUGCAAUAGAUCUUUCAAGUACUGGAAGCAGUCUUCAGCCAGUUAAAGUGUCUGAUGUGGAAAGAAGGCUUUCUGGGGCUUCUACAGACAGCAUAUACCUAUCAACUGCAUUCAUGCAUGGUAGAGAGAGGACCUCGCGGUCUUUACCAGAUAACAGCACAUCUCCUGAUGCAACAGACAGUACCACUUACAAUACUGAAACUUCCGAGUCUUCAGAUCUGACCCUGAGCUUGAAUUCCGGAGACGAAACUCAUAAUGUCUCACAAAGUGAAGUGCAAUCCGCUGGAUCUUUUACUGAGCACCUGCUUCAGCAUUCCUCUGAAGUUCCAAUGUCCCCAUCUUCACCAAAGGAUCCAUCAAUUCUUGAAAGUAGUCAACAUUCAAUGAGUGAUGCAAGCAUUUCACACACUUAUACUGAAAGCACUUACCAUUCAGCAACUUUCAGCAAAGGAGAAGCACAAACACUACAAUCCAUAGUUAACAAUACGUUUGCUGAAGCGACUGAAAGAACCUUUUCAUAUAUAGAAGAGUCCAACGCCUCAGAACUAAAUCCUUCCUCACCAGAAGCAUACUCUAGAAGGACUGACUUCUCAGUAAAAGGUUUUGAUACUCCUGGGCCUUCAACUGAGUCUUUCCAAAACCUCAGCUCAUCCAGGAUACCAACUUACUCUUCCUUCCAAAGUGAACCUUCAGACACUGGAACAGACUACCAGCCAAUGAGUAGCACUGACACUGGAAAAAUAAUCUCUGUUUCUCAUACUGACAGCACGUACAUUUCAACCACUUUCACAAGGGGCGGAGAAAGGACGUUACUGUCGAUUCCAAAAAGCAGCACAUCUGCUGACUCAUCAGAAAGUUCCACUUUUUAUGCAGAAAUUUCCAGCCCUUCAGAGUCAGCACGGUCCUCAUUUUCUGUGACCCAGAUCAGAGGAAGCAACAUGUCCUCCGGCAACAUGGGUUUCUCCUCACCGUCAACAGAACCAUUGUCUGUACAUGCCCUGAAAACACCAGCCUACUCUUCCACAGUCAGUGAGCUGCAUGCAACUCAGUUAUAUUCGAAAUCCGAACUGACACCUGCUGGCAGCUUAUCAUUUACACCUUCCUCUUCAGCGUCACUGAAACAGGAUUCACUUCCACCCACUCAGCUGCCAACUCUGUUUUCAACCUCAGAAUCCCCUCUUCCAUUGUCUUCCUCUGCUUUCCCAUCCCUGCUUUCACCAUCCCCUCAAACACUUUUGCCAACUUUGUUACGCAGGCAGUCUCCAACAGCAAUGCCCACGCUGCCCCCUUCCUCAUCUUUAUUGCCUCCUCUUUCCUCAACACCGUCGUUGCUGCAGCCUAGCGAGCCUUUGGAAAGCAGUGUUUCUGUGGUUGCAUCUGAGGGGACAACUGGAACAGACCCACCCACAGCUGGAAGUUCCAACAGGCCGUUCAGCAACCAGACUGAGACAUACCCGCUGAAGGACAGCACUGAUCUGGGGACAACAGGAUCUUCUCUUAUUCUGACCCAAACUACUGAACUGCUCACAGACCACUUGUCACCUAUGACAGUAUCCCUAGAUGAAACCAAGGGCUCGGAGGGGCAAAAUGUUUCUCUCCCAGGGACCAGGGUUGGAAAAAUGCCUCCUGUUUCAACUAUGUCUCCCACAUACAGGGCUGAGAGUACCACGGUUUCAGAGACAGCCAAAGCAACAACUGCUUUGUUGCCAUUUACAACCACUCUAGAGGAUGCCUUCAGUUUGGUGGGGGUAACUACUGGUAAGAACCUUGUGAAUAUAGCACACACGAAAUUAGGAUCGCCUACGUCGGCAUCAAGCAUGGAUGAUGUCGUCACUACAAAGCCUCAGAAAGUACUUCCUCCCCUUCCCACCAAGAUACCAUCUUAUGCCACUGGAACUCCCACAAAAGGAAUGGAAACGAGCACUACAACUGCUUCUAAAACCACUGAUUCCAAAACCACUACUGCCCACCCUCCGAAAAUGUUUCCUUCCAGCAAAACCACUGCAGGGACUAUUUCUGCUUCACCGGUUCCCACCAAAGCCACUACAUUUGCAUGGGUAGGAAGUCCAAGGACAUUUCCAGCUUCCCAUGGAAAAGCUAAUGCAUGCACUGCAGAGACUUGCCUUAAUAAUGGGAAAUGCAUUGUGGAUAACUUGAUGGGCAAAUUCCAGUGCCAGUGUUCACCUGGUUGGCAGGGAGAGGACUGCAGUACAGAUGUAGAUGAGUGUCUGUCUAAUCCAUGCCCAGCCUUGGCCACAUGUACUAACACACAAGGUUCGUUCCAUUGCACGUGUUCCCUGGGCUACCAGAUGGAGAAAGGAAAGUGCAAUUUAGUUCGAACCUUUGUUGGCCAGUUUAACACAACUGGAGGGCAGUACUCAGAGUUUCAAGUUGAAGAAGCUAUUAUGAACAUGCUGAACAAUUCUCUUUCAACAUUGCCAGGCUAUUACACUUCCACUGUUAAAGCAUCCAGGCAGACGGGCAUCAUGCAAGUGUCUGUCCUGAGCACCUUUUCUUUAGUCUCCAACGUCACCCUUUUUGAGGUUGCUAGCACCGUGCGAAGCCAUAUUCGAGCGUGCAAGGCUCCCACACAGACUUGCCAGUUCAUCUCUAAGCUUACACUGCUCCACAGAGUUGGCGGUCUGUGUAAACACAAAGAUCCGGAAUGCGACAAAGAAACUUCUGUGUGUGUGGACUUGGACGGCAUUGCAGUUUGCAAGUGCCAGGCUGGAUACUUCAAAUACAACAAACUGGAUCAUUCCUGCAGAGCUUGUGAAGAUGGGUAUAAACUUGUGAAUGACACUUGUGUGAGUUGUCCAUUUGGAUUAGGAGGAUUCAACUGUGGGAAUCCGUAUCAGCUCAUCACCAUUGUGAUCGCAGCAGCUGGAGGGGGACUUCUGCUCAUCAUGGCGAUAGCUCUCAUUGUCACGUGCUGCCAGAAGAAUAAAAAUGACAUAAGCAAACUCAUCUUCAAAAGUGGAGAUUUCCAGAUGUCGCCAUAUGCUGAGUAUCCCAAAAACCCUCGAGCUCAAGACUGGGGGAGAGAAACCAUUGAAAUGCAAGAGAAUGGGAGCACUAAAAACCUACUGCAGAUGACAGAUGUUUACUAUAUGACAACCAACCCAAGGAACCCUGAGCUAGAAAGAAACGGGCUGUACCCACCUUACACAGGUCUUCCAGGAUCCCGACAUUCCUGUAUCUACCCUGGCCAAUACAAUCCUUCCUUUGUUAGUGAUGACAGCAGAAGAAGAGAUUACUUUUAAUGGAAUUGCAGGAGAGAGAUGGGAAAGCGAAUGGAACAUCAGCCACUGCCUGCUAAUUCUUUUCUGGGUACACUUUAAUUAUACAGCUCAGAUGCUGGCAUAGUUUGUAUACAGAAAGGAAACUUUUAACCCUUGAAGGGCACUGAACAGGGUUGUCCGAAAGGAGCCAUUUGUAGCUGCUGUUGAACAGCAAAGGGAAGGCAGGUGUAAAGAGCAGGUCAGCACACAGGCUUGUCUACGAGGCAAGGGAGAAGCUUAAAGGAGUUCCCGUGUGUACAUUCUGCAUCUUUUACUUAUCACUAAUUGUGUCACAUAAUGUGAAUUUGAUAGUAGAUCACUAAAGCAAAGCUAACAAACGCUGUGGAUGACACUCUAAAUCUAACGCCAGUAAAGUGUGUUGUGUUUACAGUUAACAACUCGUGCUGUGUUUGUGUUGCCCACGUAUUAUGCAAAGCUGCGUUGAGUGGAUUUUAUGGAAAGAACCAUUUCUCUGUCACCAGGUAUCUAUUUAUGGGUACUGAGGAGAUAGUCAAAGAAUGCUGGAGAUGUGUAUGGGAAUGUGGCCUAAGGAUGGGGGUUCUAUGUAAUGUGCAAAGUUCAGGGUCCUUUUUCUUUUCUUAGGAUAAUGCAUCUUCUUAUUUCCUGUCUUGUCAUUCAGUUGUGUAUUGACUCAGUUGCAAUGGUGCUUGCUCCUGCCCUGUGUUUGCCCCCAAUUUAUUAUUGACCAUUGUCUCAUGAACAGUAAUAAUUGCCCCAUGCCCAUGCUUUCUCCAGGCAUGAAUUUUUUCUUCCUCUGUGAACUCUUAGUGAAUUGAUCAUGUAUGCCAGUCUCAUACUAUAGAACCAUGCAUGCGUGCACACACACACACACACACACACACACACACACACGUGUGUGUAACCAAAUGGUGAGUGAGGAUUGCCCACAAUAAAAAUGGCGGUAUCUGAAAUUUAAGCCCAGAAAAUAAAAUCCUGAAAUCAUCAGAUCAUCAGAUCAAGAAGAAGAAAAAGUGAUAGGAAUCUGAAACUCUGGCUGAGAAUACCUGAAGUGCCACAACACGUGCCCCCAAAUUUGGCUGGGGUGCUUGUUGAAUUUCACAGGCAGCUGACUUUUCACUUUUAGUUUAGCUAGGCUAACCACAGUGAUAUGAGACCAACAAACUGUGCUUGUUCAGUGCACUGCUGCUACCAGACUAAACCCCACAAGAGGUUGAGCUAAUAGAGCUGGUUUAAACGGCAUACAACCAGCUUACCAACUCAAAUUUUCCCUCUCGUUAACUCAUUGUCCUUUACUAGCACUUAAACCAGAAUUCCAAGUCACUUGUAAAUUGUGGUGGUUGGCCCCAGAACCCAUGUUCUUCGAUAUGGGAAAAGGAGUCAUACUAGAACACCCCUUUUGUGAUGUCUUGAGUUGUAACACAAGACAUCUUCUCAUUUUUUGGUCAUUUUCAAAAUGUCCAUCCCUUUGCUGCUGAAGAAAAGCAUGUUUUUGCCUCUUUCUUCCUCCCAUCCACAUAACCAGGGACCACUGCGACACUAAAUAGCUCACCUCCGAUAGUUAUUUAUUUUCGGAUUUCCCAAUCCCUGGCAACACAUUUCCCCCCCUGCAAGGCUCGCCCUGACCCAUUCCAUAUCAUGGAGAUAAGAUACAAUACGGAAGAUGGCUUAACUUUUAUGCAGGUAGCCAUGGAAGAAAGCAACCAGGAAACAUUUUAAGUGAGAUUGGCAUCAUAUGUAGCUGAACCCAGACCCAAGUUCUCUUGUGUAUAGCUUUUCCUAAUGCAAAACAAAAACCUUUGCUCUCUGAAUGUUCUAAAGAAGGUGUGGGCUUUAUGAGAAAAGAGGACUUUGUACAGUGUGCAGGAAGCUGCGGGGCGGCUGAGUGGUGACGCUUUCAGCUUAAUCAUGAAGGAUUUGGAGGCAGUGAUUAAUAGUGAGAGACCUAGCCUGCAGAGCGGCAUGUGAUUGUUUCAGAUUGGGUGCGUGGGGGGAGAUUGGAUCAGGCCAGAGGUGUUUCUUGUCCUGCACUCCUGUAUCCCAUAGCAACCACUUCAAAAUUGUGAAAAAGGAUGCACUUCACCAGAAGGCGCAAAAAAGAAGGAAAUAAUCCAAGGAUGUGGGAGAGAAAGGAAGAGACAUAUACUGUCUGUGUACCACUUCUGAAUACAUAGGCUAAUUGCUAGUGAUAAACCUACUCUCUGUGACCAUGUUGUCUUAUCUUAUGAAUUAAGUUCAGCUAUAACUAUAAUCCAUGACAUUUUCGAGGGUCCAGCAUCAGAUUUCAUUAGUCAUAAAGUAGGCUAAGAUACCAUUCUGUAUAACGGCUAAAUUCACAAGCUUAACUAUAGCAACCGCUUCUGCAAGCAGAAAAGGACUGGGGAAAAUAUCCUGAGCAGUCUAGUUCCUCUUGCUCUAGCUAUUCUGCUUAUUGAAAUUAUUUGGGAGCAAUAUUUAUUUUAUUUUAUUUAUUUUAAAAAAGAGAUCAGCUGUGUUCAGGUCACUUUACUGCUUUCUGUAUUGCAAAUUGCUUCAGGGUGUACUUUGUACUGUAAAAAGCUCCCCCCACAAACACAAUGUAAAAUUAAUCAUCAGGUGUUUUCCUCAGACUGAUCUUGCAUUGCCACAUAAGGAAGCUGGAUGCGAAAGGGAGUUUGUUCACCUUGAUCUGGCAAGGAUGAUUCAAAGCGGGGGGGGGGGGGGAGCUAACCAGGUGGUCAGUGCAGUCCAGCUAUAAUAGACCUGAUACUGCCAGCCAUCUGGUUGGUGGGUGUGUACACAGAAAUAGACAUGAAGCAGCACAUGUUCAGCCAUAUUCCCUUCAUGGGAGUAACUAUGCCCACUUUUAUGGAAAGGUGUAGCUGACAAAACAGUUGCCAAACACCCGUAAAAGCUUUCAACGCUUUCUGUCAUAAUAUUAUAUUAUAGGCCUGGUCCAAGCAUCCCUUUAAACCAUAGUUUAAACUAUGGUUUAAAGUGAACACUUGUGGUGCUCCAGCUCCACGACUACUGUUUCCUUUCCCACUUAGAGGAGGAAAAACUGUGGAGGACGGCUUCCCAUUAAGUGCCAACAAGCACAUGUGCUUUGUUUCUUUCCUACCUAACAAGCCACAAUGGUUAUCCAAAGUUUAUUUGUUAUUUAUUUUAUUUAUUUACCCUAUUUAUGGAUUGCCCUUCACCCAAAGGCCCCAGGGCAGGACUACACAGAAUUGAAACCGAAAUAAAGCCUGAAAACUUAAAUUCCAUACAAAUAAAACAGCAGUGUCAAUUAAAAUCCAAUCCCAAUGUACCUGACCCUUCCCUAAAAUCCUGAGAAAGCCCAGGUGUGGUGGUGAGGCAGGCUUCAGAGGGGGGAUCGCUCCAGAGGAAUGGGGCUACCCCUGAGAAGGCCCAACUAUGGGUCCCCACCUUAUGGGAAAAGAUAUGGAAAGAGACAUUAUUUUAGAUACUUGGGACCCAGUUAAGGGCUAUAAUUACUAACCCAGGCACCUUAACUGGCCCUGGCCUGGAAGAUAAAAGAUAAAUUUUGUAGUUACAGUAUUUCAAAAUCGGUGCCAUGUAUGAGCUUUUCCAGAUACCUACUAGCAACCUAACUGCUGCAAUUUGCAUUAGUUGCGGUUUCUGGCCCAUUUUGAAGGGCAGCUCCACAUAGUUCAACCAGUUAUGCACACCAGGGCAUACAUAACUGUGGCCAAGCUAUCUCUGUCCAGAAGUAAUUGUAAGUGGUGCCCCAGCCAAAACUGGGCAUGGGCAUUCCUACCUCUGAGGUCACGUGGACAUCAAGGGAUACAGCUUUGUUAUUAGCUUAACAUCAUGAGUGCUGGGUUGCAUGUAGCAGGAAGCAAGCCUUUAGUUUGUUUUCCCUUUUGAGUGGAAAGAGGAGUGGCGGUGGAGCACCUAAUGACUUUUAACUUUAUUUUAACUAUGAUUUAUUGUGACUUGCAAGCCAGCCCACAGACUAGCUGAAUAAUCAUUCCCUCAGCCAAAGGAACUCUGGGAGUUGUAGUUCUGUGCUCGGAAUUGGGAAUUUAUUACGAGAGAGCGAAUUCUCAGUACUCUCAACAAACUACAGUUCCUAAGAUCCUUUGGGGUCAAACUUGCUGUGGAUUCAAAAGUGAAUAAUAAAGAGUCCUUGGUGGAAGCUCUGCAGAGUCCCACUGUGGUGCCACAUAGAAGAAGCAACAACAAGAGGAACAGUAUAAAGUCAAGGGGAGUUCAAAACAUUUAUUUAUUUAGUAGAAAUGAAUGAGUAUUUCAUAGUUACUAAUUUGAAAAUCAGUUAUGCUAAUAUUUUAGUAUAUUUGGUGACAGUGAGAUUCUGAAAUCUGUGAUGGGUAGUACAAUGGGGGAAAGCCUGCAAUAUUUUGACACUACAGUAUUUUGCAGAAAUAAUCAAGAUUAUGAGCCUACGCAGUUAUGUGACCGAAGUCUCACUGGACCUGGUGGGAUAGAGGCUUAAGUUUGUAUUCAAAAAUGGUCAUGUGUUUGGGAUUCUUGUUCAGAUAUAACAGUGCAACCCUAACCAUAUUGACCAUAUUGACUCAGAAGUAAGUCCUAUUGAAUGAAGUAGAUCUUACUGGCAGGUCGUGGGAUUAGGAUUGCAGCAUAACAGAGCAGUCCAACCUUCCUUUGUGCUGGGCUGGUGGUUGGACUGGGUGGAAGUGUCCUUCCUCUGGCCUCCUUCUGGAUGCUACCUUCAGCUCCUCUUCUGCCGACCAGCAAUAUCCUCACCACCAGCAACCAGCACAAAGCCCCAAACUGGACUUUUGGGGGGAGGGAGGAGCUGAGCCAGUCUGAGAUGCUGCCCCAGUCCCUGCCAUCCUCACCACUGUGUGCAGCAGGACUGCGGCUGAGGAGGUGGGCUCUGCUAUUCCAUAAAGCUCUGGCAGGAUGGAGGUGGGGGAUGCAAGGAGUUGGAAUGUUCCCUAAAUUAUUAGUUGUUUCAUAGGAAGGCCUAUGGAAUGUUGCACAAACUUUUGAAAGCUUACAACGUUAUUAGAGAGUUCUAUCUCUGCUCUGUCCAAUGUUGAAAGGAAAAUGAUCUUACAACAUCCAAUAUAUUAUAUUUCUUUACAGUGUUGUUGGUUGUUAAAUGAAAUCUGCUAAGGGUUUGCUUUUUUUUGGUUUUUGCUUUCUUCCAUUAAAACAACAACUAAAUUUGGCAGGACUGCAAAAUAGGAAGUCACUCUCAACUUUACCAGUCAAAAAUGUAUGUGAUGUCUACCAUGUCGUUCAGACGAGAUGGAUAAAGCCUUGUUUGUGUGUCUUCAUAAUGACUCUGAAUGUACCGCCAGUUUGACUUGCAAUUGUCUAUUGUACUUUGUUCUGGAUUUCAGCUUUGCAUACCUGUGAACAUAACUUCUGAGAUGUUUUGUUUAUUUUAUGUUUCCAACAGAGUGUUAUUUAAAGGUGUAUCUUAUUUUCAGCCUUCACUAAUUAUACAGUACUGUAGUUCCAAAGUAUGAAGUAUAAAGUUUGGAUUAUUUUUAUACCAGCAUCCAAAUAUUUGACUUCUGGCGUUCUAGUCAGUGUAAUAAAAAUGAUAC